AUGGAUUAUCUCUUUAAUUCAUGUCCAGAAAUUGAAGAAAUUAAAGAAGACCUGCAAAACAAUCGUCUUGAUUCAGCAGCUGAAAAGACUCAACAAUUCGUGAAUAAGCAAAAUAAUGUUCCAUUAAAUAUUGGGAUCACAGGAGAGUCUGGUUCUGGUAAAUCCACAUUUGUUAAUGCCUUUAGAGGUAUAACAAACAGUGAUGAGGGAGCUGCCCCUACUGGUGUUGUAGAAACCACCUCAGAGGUUACACCUUACCCCCAUCCAAACUAUCCUAAUGUUACAUUAUGGGAUCUUCCUGGUAUUGGCACCACCCGUUUUCCUGCUGACAAAUACCUGAAGCUAGUUGAAUUUGAGAAGUUUGACUUCUUCAUCAUUAUCUCUGAAACUCGCUUCAGAGAAAAUGAUGUGAAGCUCGCUCAGGAGAUUCAGAAGAUGGGGAAAAAAUUCUACUUUGUUCGCUCAAAGAUUGACAACGAUGUACGCAGUGAGAAAAGAAGUCAGAGAGAGUUCAAUGAGGAAACAACUCUGGCACAAAUCAGGGAAAACUGCAUUAAAGGUCUUCAAAAACAAGAUUUUGAGACUUCACAGGUCUUCCUGGUGUCCAGCUUUGAUCUCCACCUGUAUGAUUUCCGUCUGCUAGAGGAGACCUUAGAGAGAGAACUUCCUGAACACAAGAGGAAUGCUCUGCUGUUUGCUGUGCCCGGUGUCAGCAUGGAGAUCAUUAACAAGAAGAAAGAGGCUUUACAGUCACAAAUAAAAUACUAUGCUUUACUAUCUGCAGGAGUAGGAGCUGUACCAGUUCCUGGGGUUUCUUUAGUUGCUGAUAUAGCCAUCAUAGUUGGUGUUGUUACAAAAUAUGUAUUUGCAUUUGGUCUUGAUAUCCCAUCACUGAAGAGACUUGCUCAAACUACAGGUGUGCCAUAUGAGGAUCUGAUCAAUGUCAUCAUUUCACCACUGGCUGCAACAACAAUAACCACUGAUCUCAUCAUAAAGGUGUUACAGAGUUUAGGCAGCACAGCUGCAUUAAUCGCAGCAGAGGAAGGGUGCAGAUUCAUUCCAGUAUUGGGAAUCCCUCUAGCAAUGGGCCUCUCUUUUACUUCGACCUACAGAAUUCUGAGUGCUUUCCUCGACAUGCUUGCUAAUGAUGCACACAGAGUGUUCAAGAAGGCCUUGGGUCUGAACACCUCAGUGUGA